ACAACCUCUACAUUCAUGACUUUGACACCGGUAUUCCCUUCCUUGAAGCCCGAGUCAAUUGUCGAAUGCUCGAUUUUCUUAAGCUCCAAGAAACCGAGUUACUGAACCGUUUCGUUCCAUUCCAGCCCAUUUGCAAGGAAACUGAUGAUGAGUCUCUGCUCCCGAUGAUAGCUUUUCAAGUGAAUGUCUUUGCUUGUGGUGGAACAGCAAUUGGGGGAUCCGCUUCUCACAAGCUGUGUGACGGGUUGGCCGUGAACUCUAUCCUUGAGUCUUGGGCUGCUAUUUUUCGUGGGGAGCUUGACAAGGAUAUCUGUCUUUGCUUAAUCUCCUCCGUCCAUCUAACACUACCGAAGCCUCAUUUGUCUUUCCACCAAGAGCUUUGUUGCCUAAAAAGUAUCUAGAUUUAGCAGAUAGCUUUUGGUUCAAGGAAAACAAUUAUGUUACAAGGAGAUUUGUGUUUCGUGUCAAAGCCAUAGCCACACUACAAGAAAAAUCGAAGAGCAAAUGCGUGCCCAAGCCAUCACGUAAUGAGGCACUCACAUGUUUUAUUUGGAAACAUGCAAUGGCUUCUUCUCGGGCACUAUCACCGGGUACUUCACCAAGAACUUCCAUAGUAGCGCAAGCAAUGAACAUGAGAUCACGGGUGAAGCCACACACGUCGUCAACUAAUAUCAUUGGAAAUUUCUUUUGGUGGGCAACAACAGUCGCGGACUCAUCUAAGCUAGGAGAAGAUCAUGAGUUAUGUGAUUUGGUGCACCUGAUUAAUGAAUCUCUCAAAGGAUUUGAUAGGGGUUAUUUUGAGUCUCAUCAGGGAGAAGAGGGAUUUGGAGCCAUUUCAAACUACUUUAAUCAACUAGAAGUCUUGCUUUCUUCAAAAUCCCCACCAGAAGUUUAUUUAUUCACCAAUUGGACAAACAUUUUUUACAAAUUGGAUUUUGGAUGGGGGAAGCCUUUCUGGGUAGGGCUCAUGGGGAAAGUCGGGCCUGAGUUUAGGAAUUUCACGGUGUUCAUGGAAGCACAAUGUGGUAAAGGAAUUGAAGCGUGGGUGACCUUGGAGGCAAAGCAAAUGGCUCUGCUCGAAAAAGACCUUAAGUUUCUAGCAUUUGCUUCUCCAAAUUCUGGGAUUUCAAGCAUGUGACUGAACUUCUAAUAUGUUUUGGUUUUCAGAUGAAUCAUUAAGGCAACAAAUAUUAAUUAGUUCUUUCAUUUUACUAGGAAAGGCAUUAUUAUUCUUGUAUUGCACUUACCAUUAUAUAUUUAGUCA